AUGCCCGACGAGGAGAGACUCCGGGAGCUGGGGGUGUUCCGUCUGGAGGAGAGAAGGGCGAGGGGAGACGGGACAGCCGGGUUUAAAGAUCUGAAGGGGCGUCAUGUGGACGAGGGAACUCGCUUGUUCUCCGUGGCUCCAGAGACUGGGACACGGAGGAAUGGAUUGAAACGAAGAGAAAAGCGAGUCCACCUGAACAUCAGGAAGAUCUUCCUGACGGCAGAGGAGAAAUGGAGGCGCAGGACCCAGGAGGAACUGGACCUGGCAAGAGAGCAAGGAAAGGCCCCCAUCCUGGCCAAGCUGGCUGAACAGAGCUGGGGUCCAUCCAUGAAGAUGGAAGCUGAGUUCUGUGAGAUGGAAAGAGCUCCUUCAGAGGAAGGGCAGCUGGCCCGAGCCCAAGAGCGCGCCCAAGGUGCCCUCUCCUGCGGUAGCGAAGAGACAGUGUUCAGCCAUUCUCUUUGCAGAGGUGUGGAAACUGCUACUGUACCUCCAGUCCAGUGUGGAAAGUACUUCAAAUACAGAUCACACCUUCUUGUACACCAAAGAGUACACACAGGAGAGAAACCUUUUGAAUGCUCAGAGUGUGGAAAGAGAUUCAGUCGCAGUGGCAAUCUUCUAGAGCAUCAAAAAACCCACACAGGGGAGAAACCUUUUGAAUGCUCAGAGUGUGGAAAGAGAUUCAGUCGCAGUCACCAUCAUCAAGAGCAUCAAAAAACCCACACAGGGGAGAAACCUUUUGAAUGCUCAGAGUGUGGAAAGAGAUUCAGUCACAGUGGCAGUCUUCAAGAGCAUCAAAGAACCCACACAGGGGAGAAACCUUUUGAAUGCUCAGAGUGUGGAAAGACAUUCAGUCGGAGUGGUGAUCUUCAAAGGCAUCAAAGAACCCACACAGGGGAGAAACCUUUUGAAUGCCCAGAGUGUGGAAAGAGAUUCAGUCGGAGUGGCACUCUUCAGCAGCAUCAAAGAACACACACAGGGGAGAAACCUUUUGAAUGCUCAGAGUGUGGAAAGACAUUCAGUCGGAGUGGUGAUCUUCAAAGUCAUCAAAGAACGCACACAGGGGAGAAACCUUUUGAAUGCUUAGAGUGUGGAAAGAGAUUUAGUCAAAGUAGCAAUCUUCAACAGCAUCAAAGAACCCACACAGGGGAGAAACCUUUUGAAUGCUCAGAGUGUGGAAAGAGAUUCAGUCGCAGUGGUGAUCUUCAAAGUCAUCAAAGAACCCACACAGGGGAGAAACCUUUUGCAUGCUCAGAGUGUGGAAAGAGAUUUAGUCAAAGUAGCAAUCUUCAAAAGCAUCAAAGAACCCACACAGGGGGGAAACCUUUUGAAUGCUCAGAGUGUGGAAAGAGAUUCAGUCAGAGAGGCCAUCUUGAACAGCAUCGAAGAACCCACACAGGGGAGAAACCUUUUGAAUGCUCAGAGUGUGGAAAGACAUUCAGUCGGAGUGGUGAUCUUCAAAGUCAUCAAAGAACCCACACAGGGGAGAAACCUUUUGAAUGCUCAGAGUGUGGAAAGAGGUUCAGUCAGAGAGGCACUCUUCAACGGCAUCAAAGAACACACACAGAG